CAAUGAGAAAGGGAUCGAAUUCCCGUGGUGGUCGUAGCGCUUUUAGGACUUUACAACAACGCUUGGGGGAUUGCAGCCGUUUUGAGAGUGAGGAGGAUGCUGUGAGAUAUUUACGUAAGACUUAUCCGGAGUACAGGAGGAAGAAAGACGUAAUACUCACCAAAAUUGUUAGGGAGGCCCGUUUCCCGCGGAAUGAUAGUAGUGGCGGUAGAGAUGUUCAAGUGCAACAAUCGACAUCGACUUCAGCAUUAUCAUCGGAGGAUUCUAGUCCGAAGUUUGACUUGAUGAGAACAAUGUUGAGGGAAGCCUAUUGUCAGGAUGGAUUUGAACCUGAUAAAACAGAAGAGAGUACGGAGGCCAAAAAUGAGAAAAAUAUAGAAUUAUUAGAAAAGGAUGAGAUGGAGAAUAUUGUGAUGCUUGAGAAGACUGGAGGAAUAGGAAGGAAAAAUAUGGAGUUAGAUGACGGUAGAGAUCAGGUGCACACGCAUCCCAUGUUUAAGGAUCUUGGUGGCAUGCGUGAAGUAUUGGAGGAUUUAAUAUCCGAUGUGCUUAUCCCACUUCGUUACCCUGAAGUCCUCAAUCGGCUGUGUCAAUUACGUGCAGGGCCACCAACAGGAAUUUUACUGCAUGGGCCUCCUGGGUGUGGCAAGACCAUGUUGGCUCAAGCUAUUGCUAAUGAAGCCGGCCUUCCUCUGUAUCAGAUUGCAUCGACUGAGAUUGUAUCUGGUGUAUCAGGUGAGUCAGAAGGAAACAUCCGUGAGCUUUUCUUAAAAGCUCGUAGGACUGCUCCUUCAAUAAUAUUCAUUGAUGAGAUUGAUGCCAUUGCGGAGAAAAGAGAGAGCUCGCAGAAAAGGCAAGAAGGGCGAAUUGUCACUCAGUUAUUGAAAUGCAUGGAUACUAUAUGUGAGAAUGCUUCUGUAGCUGGUCAAAAGAAAUCUGUGAGUGAGAGUAAAGUACAUUCAUCUCCAGCAGUUCAGGAGAUUUCAGUUUCUGAGAACAAACAAGGCCAUGUUCUUGUUGUUGGAGCAACCAACCGCCCAAAUGCUCUUGACCCUGCAUUAAGGCGACCUGGAAGAUUUAACUGGGAGAUUGAACUAGGAGUUCCAGGUGAAAAUGCAAGGUUUGAGAUACUUUCAGUCUUGACACGUGAUCUUGGUGUUCAAGAGGGUUUGAACCUUAGAAAGUUGGCUAGGGACACAGCAGGGUUUGUUGGGGCUGACCUGGAAGAUUAUGUUAGGAAAGCUUCUGUACAUGCUAUGAGGAAGAUGAUAAACUUUAAGAAGGAUGAGGUUCUUAAGGUGUGUGCAGUUGACGGUUGGUGGAAGCAACUACGUUUUAUGCCUGGAGAAAUGGAAACACUCUGCCCCAAAAUGUCAGAUUUUGAGGUUGCAAUUAAGAAUGUUCAACCAUCUUUAAAGAGGGAAGGUUUCUCUCCUGUUCCUAAUGUGAAGUGGGAAGAUCUUGGAGGCCUUGGCACGAUAAGGCAGGAGUUCCAGAGCUGUAUAGUUGAUCCUAUUAGAAAUCCUGAAGAUUAUGAGGGAUUUGGAGAAGCUUUGACAGCAGGAUUCUUGCUUUAUGGCCCCCCUGGCUGUGGUAAAACGUUGAUUGCCAAGGCUGUUGCUAAUGAGGCUGGUGCAAGUUUCAUUUACAUCAAGGGUCCUGAACUUAUGGACAAAUAUGUUGGUGAAAGUGAAUUGGCUGUUCGCAAGAUCUUUGAGCGUGCAAGGAAAUGUUCUCCAUGUAUUCUCUUCUUUGAUGAGGUGGAUGCUUUGAUUGCUAAUUAUGGAGAAUCUAGUGGGGUUACUGAUAGGAUACUUAAGCAGCUUCUUAUUGAGCUAGAUGGUGCAGAGGAAAGGCAGGGGGUUUAUGUCAUUGGUGCUACAAAUAGGUAUAAUUUUAUUUUAAUUACUUAUCGUUGCUCAUAAUAUGUUUUAUCAAUG